UUUGUGUGUGUGUGGUAUGUCAGAGGAUGAUACUCUACACAUAACUCUACAGAAGAGGGACAAAGGACAGACGUGGCCGUCUCCUAUACUGGGUGAGGGACAACUCGAUCCUUAUUCAGUGGAUGUUGAACAGAAGCGCCUUAUGCUUCAGAGAUUUCAAGAGGAGAACCCAGGAUUUGACUUCUCACAGGCUCAGUUUACAGGAAACUGCCCUGAUCCAAGGACAUUCAUGGGUGGUAUCAGAUCUGAUUGACAAACUUGUAUACCUGAAUCUGAAAUGAACAAUGAGAUUAACUCCUUGUCUUAACAAUUUAAUAAGUAGAAUGUUAAAUUAAACCUGCUUUUAAAUGCUUAGCUUAUCCCUCUAUCUAUGAAUGCGACUUUUGUAAUAUAUAUAUAUAUAUAUAUUUUAUGUACAUAGAUUGCGCAGUGCUUAUAGCCA